CCUGUUCAGCCUGGUUCCUCCACCUCUCCCCCCCUCCGUCUCCCCCCUCUUCCUCUUAUUUCUCACCGCAUCUCCUCCACCACCUGCCACAGCAGCGACGCAACGAUGGAGAGCCACUGCAAAUGAUCCCAAGCCCAAGAAAUACUGCAACUGAGAGAGGGGAAAAUAAAGGCACCGGUAGGGGAAGACGUAUGAAGAGGGGGACACAGAAAGAAGGAGAGAAAAACGUUUGUGCAGGGUGGAUUGCGGUUGUUGUACCUCCCUCAAUGCGCACACACACACACGCACGCUGAUCAUCACAAGACGCGGUGCAGCCUACAACAGCUUCUAGCUUGAAAGGAGGAAAUUGAAUUAGACAAGUUAUUCCCACAGAAGAACCAUGUCUGGACAGACUGUGACCAUACCGGAUGACCGAGCGUUUGCCAGCUUCAAGGCGGAGUGUCUGUGCGAGGAAGGCUGGAGUAUCAACCACAACAAGGGGGGCAUCACGGUGUUCACCCAGGGUCUGGAGGAAGGGAAGUCCAUCCACAAAAUUAAGUGUCGGAUGGUGUGUAAGGACGUGUCGGCUGAGACCAUGUACGACGUUCUCCAUGAUAUUGAAUACAGGAGAAAAUGGGACACAAACGUCAUUGAAACCUUCGACAUCGGGAAGCUUACGGUCAAUGCGGAUGUUGGAUACUACUCAUGGAAGUGUCCGAGUCCUCUUCGGAACCGGGACGUCAUCACGCUUCGUUCCUGGCUUCCAAUGGGGAAAGAUUACAUCAUCAUGAACUACUCUGUCAAACAUCCUAAAUACCCUUCUAAAAAAGACAAGGUGCGAGCUGUGUCCAUUCAGACUGGUUACGUGAUCCAGAGCCAGGGACCGGCCAACAGCUGUACCCUCACCUACAUGGCUCAGGUAGAUCCAAGGGGUUCGUUACCCAAGUGGGUUGUCAACAAGUCCUCCCACUUCCUUGCUCCUCGGGCAAUGAAGAAGAUCAACAAAGCCUGUUUGAAGUAUACAGAGUGGAAGCAGAGACACAACCCUGGCUUCAAGCCCUGGCUCUACCCCGAACAGACUACAUUACCCAGCAUCCCUCUGUCUGAGCUCAGCAUCCAGCGCGCUGAGAGCCUGGAGAAUAUUGAUGAGAGCUCCCUGGCUGAGACCCAGGAGAGAGAAGACAGCGACUAACACACACUCACACACACACAGUCAUGGAUUCAUACACACACAAACACAGUAAUGCAGGGUUACAUGCAUGCCUGAUAGACAUCCAUGAUUCAACUGAUAUAUAUGUGUUUUUAUAGUAUGCAUGCACAUGCAAUUGCAUAUGCAGGCAUACUUACUGGCACGUGUACUUAAGCAUGCAUGCACACAGACAUACUUCUUCCCAUUUCAUACUUGCAUACAUAAUGUACCAACACAUACAUGCAACAUAGAUACAUUCACAGAAAUAGACCCACCACUCACAAGCAGCAGCAAAAACUACUACAUUUUAAAGUCGGUAAACUCAGAUGUAUUGUAAUCACUAAAGUUGCUGUGUUUUUUCAUGCUCCUUGAAGGGAUAUCAUAUUUUUCUGAUUAGGACCUAUAUAGAUAAUCAUAGCAAAAAUAUAUUUUCAGUAAGAUUUAGUGUUGAAAAGUUUACAGACUAACCUGACAGUGGAAAUCCAGCUCUUAAUCAAAAUAUAAACAAUGGAUUUCAAAGUUAUACUUCUUCGUCUGGAAGUUAUGGAUACAAUCUAUUUAAUGGGAAAGCAUCUCAGUGCAACCUCAUAAUGAUCUUGUAUACAUACACAUAUGGUUGCAUGCCAUUCAUUGAUACUUCUUUUAUGCACCCAGCUGUGCAUACACACACACAUUCUACCCAUGUUGUCUCAUUAUGUGUCUCCAUCACAUUUUGUAAGCACAUAACAAAUAUGCAGGUGUGCAGAAGGCAGCUGGAACACACAACAUACACACACAAACACAUAUUCAGAUAUUACACACGUACUGUCCACUACUCUAAUUGAGAGAUGUAUGAAUGUAUUGAGAGUUUAAAAAAAAUAAAUAGAGAUUCCUACAAAGGGUUUGAAGUGUCAA